AUGAACUCGCAUCCCCUCAUCCAUUCCACGUCUGUCAUGAGGACAAGUUUGAGUCCAAAUCAUGAAUCGCCUUCAAAGCAUGCGCCGGUAUGGCCACCCGAAAUAUCCACGGAUAGAUCUAGGCACGCAUUCCGUGACGGUACUGUCAAAGAGUGUGAGAAUCUGAUGGUCUCGAUGGCUAAUUCUCUUAGGUCUUGGUAUCAGAAAGUUCUUCCGCAGAAGCAGACCUGCCAGCAUACAAUUUUACAAUGCUUAUCCUCACGCCCCGGAGUUCCAUGGAGCCUAUACGAAACAUCUCAGAAACCCAGGCCCAAAUGCCCUCAUCCGGAGAUUGAACCAUUCCAGCUCAAUCACAAGUUCGUUCAAUGAUUUCGUCGACGCCAAGACACAAGUUGUGGUGAAAAUAUACGGCCUCAUUGAAUCGCACUGCGACUCACUAUAUAAGCAUGUUCUGGAGCAAUGCGAUAGUAAUGGCACGGAUUUUGGAUUCCUGGACGGCAACAAAUAUGUUGAUCUCUUGUAUGAUGACACCUCGUUCCGGAAACCGAGUAUUUACAUGGACGGUGGUAUAUUUAGGGUUGGUGGGGUCAUUGGAUCAAAAUAUUGUGCAUCUUCUUUCCGAGUUAUUUCUAUUCCGAAGUGGAAUUAUAGAGUAUAACAACAAUCGAGAUCUCUGGACUGAACAUUAUGAAGAUGCCGCCAUGAGAACCUCGAAAUGCGUCCCAUUCAAUUUGAUUGUGAGCGCUCAUGGAGAGGAGAUACGGAACAGGAUCGUGUGUUAUGCGAGUAAUCAUAUUGGGAGUAUCGACAAGGUGAUUCAACGGCCGAGGGUUGUUCAAGCCCAAGUUCAGCAGAAAUGAGAUGAGUUCAAAGCAACACGGGACGGAGUGAGAGAAUUGGAACAACAUUGUUUUUGCGGUGAGUCAUUGCUGAUUUGUUUAGCACUUAAACUUCGCCAACAGCGUUAUUGAAGCACGUCGUUCUGAAAAGUUUGCGGAGCAUCUUCGAUUACUCACUUUCAUAAGCAAACUCUUCGCCUCUCUGUCGGUUUGUGUUGUGCGAUCGGAGUGAGCCAUAGUCAUUUUGCUGAUGCUAAUCUCUCUUAGGUUGGCAAAUGUUUGUAAGUAUAACAUCAGAAUGAAUAUACGGUAAAAACAUUAGAGCAUUUUUCACAGUGACCGACAGUGA